UCUGAGGAAGAUGCCUGGCUUUGACCUGCUGACUGGGGUGGUACUGCUGCUGGCUGCGAGUUGGGUGAGGGCAUCCCCCACGGUCGCUGCCCAGGACGGGGCACGCUCGGAGUGCCCGAGCUGCUCGCUCCCCACGCUGCAGGGGGACCCGGCCGCCGCUGACACUCAGCUCGUGGAAGCCGUGAAAAGGCACAUCCUGAACAUGCUGCACUUGAAGAGCAGGCCCAACAUCACCCACCCGGUGCCCAAAGCCGCACUUUUGAACGCCUUGAAGAAGCUGCACGUCGGACGAGUGCGGGAAGACGGGAGAGUGGAAAUCGAGGAGGACUGGUCCAGCAAGUCAGUCCUGAACGAACCCGAACAAGCAUCGGAGAUCAUCAGCUUCGCUGAGGCAGGUCCGUCCCAGGAUGUCCUGCACUUUCAGAUCGCCAAGGAGGAAGAAGGGGACCUUUCCCUGGUGGAGCAGGCCAAUAUCUGGCUGUACCUGAAGCUCUCCAACAAGUCCAACCGAAGCAGAAGUAAAGUGACUCUGAGACUAUCCCAGGAAGGAAAGGGCGGCAAGGCCGUCAGCGAGAAGCAGGUGGACAUCAAGAGGAGUGGCUGGCACACGCUGCCCGUGUCGAGAACUGUGCAGACGGUGCUGGCCAGCCAGGACCGGUCCCUGAUGCUGAAGGUAUCCUGUGACCUGUGUCAGGAAGCUGGCGUCUCCCCGGUGCUGAUGGAGCCGGCGGACAAGGAGGAGUCUCACCGGCCCUUCCUGAUGCUGCUGGUCCGGGAAUCAGCCGCGCACACUCACCGGAUACGCAAGCGGGGUCUGGAGUGCGACGGUAAGGUCAACAUCUGCUGCAGGAAACAGUUCUAUGUGAAUUUCCGAGACAUCGGCUGGAGUGACUGGAUCAUAGCGCCGCCUGGCUACUAUGGCAACUACUGCGAGGGCGAGUGUCCCAGUCACAUCGCCGGUACCUCGGGCUCGUCCCUCUCCUUCCACUCGGCCGUCAUCAACCACUAUAGGAUCCGAGGUUACAGCCCUUUCAACAACAUCAAAUCAUGUUGUGUCCCCACCAAACUCAGGGCAAUGUCUAUGCUGUAUUACGAUGACGGGCACAACAUUGUGAAAAAAGACAUUCAAAACAUGAUCGUAGAGGAGUGUGGCUGCUCAUAAACCGUGUGAGAUACACAUGCACACAGAUUCGGACAGAGAGUCACAGAAAGACCGAGAGAAAGAGAGAGAGUCAAAACGGACACAUAGUACACAGAUCACAGAUUUAGGACAAUACCCCGACUGGGUCUCUCCAGAGCUAUCAAACUAACUCUAGACUUUAGACAAUUUCACUCGAGGGUCAGGCAGAGCAUGGAUCGACCUGUACCAAACUCCAUGUGGCCCUCACAGCCACCCACCUUUCCGUACCUGUGACUUGACACACCUUCCACUCUUACACACAGACAGCUGGCUUCUUCCGGUGCAUUGGUUUUGUUCACAUUGUGACACUGAACGGCACUUUUCCAGAUAAAAUGCACAAGAUCUAACUUUCUGGUUGUUUGAACGCGGGGCAGAGCUUUACCAAGUAGCUGCACUGUUUCCUUCUUUGCAAAACUACUUCCACGUGUGAAAGAUGCCUAAGAACAGAACUAUGCAAUUUUUUUUUUGAAAAAAAGGACUUUCUUUGGUUUACCUAAAAGGAGACGCUUGCUUCUAUUGGAAGUAAAUAUUCAGCUGACGAGAGAUACUUGAAAGGAACACGUUCGCCCUGCUGAUGGGCUAAACGUUUUUUUUUAAACUUUGUGACCUUCACGAUUUGCACUAGAACGAUGUUUGCGUUUCUAACCGUAUCAUAAACAGAAGUGUUUGAAAGGACAGGGAACUGCACUCAGAACAGAACAAAACGAGUUUCUAUGAAAUUUUGUAUCAACGGACGAAAACACCAAAGAGAUUUGUGUAAAUGUUAAUUGUGUGAUUUCUACAAGGAUACUAUUUUUAAAAGAAAAACUUUUAAAAUGUUUUAAAAAAAACACCUGUAGAUGAAUAUGGCUGCAGUAUCAGGGUUUGGAUUUAAUACUCAACUGCUUGACACAUCAUUACAGAUAUAUCUGGAUGUCUGGAAAGCACCAACGAUCUGACCUGAGUUAAAUCCCAGACCCUAGGUGUAGUUUGCACACUGUCUGAAAGCAAUUUGGCAAAAGCACUUCUAGCGGUCUGCUUAUUUCUUAUUUAAAAAAAAAAUCUUAGAAAAAAAAAUUCGAACUUUUGCUUAAAAAUAGUUGGCCUAUUUUUGUAACGACGUCGCCGAGGGCGAUUAAAAGUGUUAUUAAAGAAUCAAAUAUUGUUCUAGUA